AAAAUAAACAUUUCUAAUUAAAACCCAAUCCCCCGUCUUCUUCAUUUACACACACAGUACACGCACUAAAAAAUCUCAAAACCCUCAACAGAGCCCUGAAAUGGCGUCCAUAACCUCACUCUCCGUGGAAAUGGCCGCUUCAUUUCUCGGUUUCGCCAAAAUCCAAUCUUCACCGAUUUCAUCUAUUCAUUCCUCCCUUUUCUUAUACAGAAGCAGACCUAAUUUUUUUGCUCAACGCCGCAAGUUUUUUACCAGUACCAGCUAUGGCGGUUCGAGGAUUGAAUAUUCGGAGCGGCCGAGUAAGCGUUUCUCCCGCCGGUUCGCUGUCUCAGCUGCGGCCACGUCAGCACCGGAGGCUGAGAGUUCUGAUUCUGUGACUAAAAUUCCUCCGGAUAAUAGAAUCCCGGCCACCAUUAUAACUGGUUUUUUGGGCUCUGGAAAGACAACUUUGUUAAACCACAUAUUGACCGCCGAUCACGGGAAACGUAUUGCAGUCAUCGAGAACGAGUUUGGUGAAGUUGACAUUGAUGGCUCACUAGUUGCCGCAAAAGCUGCUGGAACUGAGGACAUUAUUAUGCUCAACAACGGGUGUCUCUGUUGCACCGUGAGGGGCGAUCUUGUCAGAAUGAUUGGAGAAUUAGUUAGUCGAAAGAAAGGAAAAUUCGAUCAUAUUGUUAUCGAGACAACAGGAUUAGCAAAUCCAGCCCCGAUUAUUCAGACAUUUUACGCCGAGGAUCAGAUUUUUAACGAUGUGAAACUCGAUGGAGUGGUCACACUUGUUGAUGCUAAGCAUGUUCGUUUUCACCUUGAUGAAAUUAAACCCGACGGUGUCGUCAAUGAGGCGAUUGAACAAAUUGCAUAUGCCGAUCGCAUCAUAAUUAACAAGACUGAUCUUGUUCCCGAACCGGCAGUCGGUCCUCUUAUCGAAAGGAUAAGGAGCAUAAAUGGUAUGGCUCAACUAAAGAAAACUCAAUACGGAAAAGUUGAUUUGGAUUACGUUCUUGGUAUUGGAGGCUUUGACUUGGAAAGAAUUGACAGUGCUAUCGAAGCUGACCACUCGGAGGAAGUUCAUGACAGUCACAGUCAUGAUCAUGACCAUAAUUGUCAUAAUCCCGAGCAUGACCAUCACCAUCAUGACCACAAGCAUGAUGACCAUAAACAUGAAAAUCACGAUCACCAUACCCAUGACCAUACUCAUGACCCUGGUGUUUCUUCAGUCAACAUAGUCUGUGACGGGACUUUGGAUCUUGAAAAAGCAAACAUGUGGCUAGGUACCCUUUUGAUAGAAAGAAGCGAGGAUAUAUAUCGAAUGAAAGGUCUUCUAUCUGUUGAUGGCAUGAACGAACGAUUUGUUUUUCAGGGAGUGCACGAUAUAUUUCAAGGUUCACCGGAUAGGUUGUGGGGCCCAGAAGAACCGAGAGUAAACAAGAUUGUAUUCAUCGGAAAGAACCUCGACCGAGAUGAAAUAGAGAAGGGCUUUAAGGCAUGUUUGUUAUAGUUUCUCACAAUUUUUCAUACAAUAAUUCAAUAUCGAGGGGGGCGAUGCCCCCUCUCCCUCCCUCAUUGAGAAAAUAAUUGUUAGUAAAACAUUCUUAAACCUUGAUUUUGGUCAAACAUUAAAUUAUCUGUGCCCGUAAACUAUUUUGUAAUCGAUAAAUAAUGUUGGAGGUAUGUCAGCAAACUAAUAUAGAUUUUAAUUAGUAUGAAUAAAAUAAAAAUAAAAAAGUUUCUUGUUCUUUA